CCCGAGGCGCGGGGGAGGGGGCAGGCCGCCACGGCGGAGGGCGCCGGUCCGGAGGCGAGCCACUCGCUCCAGGACCUCCCCGCGCCUCCUCACCUCCCGGAGCCGCGGAGCGCACGCUCAGGGCCCGGCCGGCCCACACCAGACGCGCGCCCCGACGCGCUGGGCCCGAGCCGGGAGGCCCAGCAGGCGCCUCUGGAGGAGCCCCGCGGACGCCAUGCUAAAAGCCAAAAUGGCUGCCCCGCGGAGGCCCGCAGCGCGCCGCCCGUGAGGAGGGCGCCGGCGCCGCGCGCGGGGGAGGGGGCGCGGGAGCGCCGUCCGGCCGCAGCCGGCGGCCCAGGUUCUAGCUGCCACCAUCUCGUGCUAUAACUUUUAAAUUAUAUUUGGAAAGAAACCAGCCACAGGGGGAAAAUGAUCAAGUUUUUCCUUAUGGUAAACAAACAAGGGCAGACCCGGCUGUCUAAGUACUAUGAGCAUGUGGAGAUUAAUAAGCGUGCCCUUCUGGAGACAGAUGUCAUCAAGAGCUGUCUGUCCCGAUCCAGUGAACAAUGCUCCUUCAUUGAAUAUAAGGAUUUUAAGCUGAUCUAUCGGCAAUAUGCAGCUCUCUUCAUUGUGGUUGGAGUUAAUGAUACCGAGAAUGAGAUGGCUAUUUAUGAGUUCAUACACAAUUUUGUGGAAGUUUUGGAUGAGUACUUCAGCAGAGUGAGUGAACUAGAUAUAAUGUUUAACUUGGACAAAGUCCACAUCAUUUUGGACGAGAUGGUGUUAAACGGCUGCAUUGUGGAAACUAACAGAACGAGAGUUCUUGCCCCUCUACUGAUCCUUGACAAGAUGUCAGAAAGCUGAUGAAGGAAGACAUCACAAACCACAGCAGCCUUCGAAAACUGUCACUAGCUGUUUCCCAUGGUUCCACAGAGAAAACAAACACUUCUCUCCUAGUUUACUCUACACCCCAGCCAUAGCCCCUCCUUCCUCUCCUCCCUGUCCCACCCUCCUUACCACUCCACCCCCCCCCCCCCCCCCCCCCCUUCCCCCCCCUUUGAAAAGGGGGGGGGGGGGGGGCCCCCCCCCCCCCAGCACAUGAAGUCUUCUCAGGACUGACUACUUCUGCUACACAUAGUGGCCUGGCAAGACAGACCUGCCAGGGAUGGAGAAGCAUACAACAGAGUCCUUGUCAGAGACAGCCCCUAUACCCCUUACUAGGGCACCACGUGAAGACCAAGCUGUACCUAGACUGUAUACAUGUAUAUGUACCCAUUGAACAAGCUGAUGAUUCUUGUAUACUUGCUAACUGUAUGCUUCCUUUUCCUUCUGCAGGAGCAUCAGGGUUACAGGGGAAAGAAUGGGUGGCAGUUCUCCAUCAGCCAAUAAAUUUCAAGUUGACUUGACCACA